CGUGUAAACAUCUUAAAAUGUCUUUUUAAAUUUAAAAUUAUUUCGAAUUUUCAUAAAAAAUGUCUGAAACAGCAAGUUACACUUCAAACUCAAGCAAAAAAGGAUUAUGGCGCGACUUGAGUGCUUAUUGGAUCCUCGGAUUGUGCAAUAAUUUCGGAUAUGUCGUGAUGCUGACAGCUGCUCAUGAUAUUAUUCAUGAUUUAUCUGAGGGAGAAAAUGGACCACAAACUGAUCCAGAUUUCAAACGUGAAUGCAAUAAAUUGUCAACAGGAGCAAUUUUGUUAGCGGAUAUCGUUCCUGCUUUGUGUGUGAAGUUAUUUGCUCCAUUUUUACCUUUUUUCAUUUAUAUUCGAAUGACUUUUGUUGUACUUUUGUCAAUUGUCUCACUUCUUCUCGUCGCUUAUGCAAAAGUUGUUUGGAUCGCCUUAUUUGGAGUUAUUUUGACAAGUCUCAGUGCCGGAUUGGGAGAAGUCACGUUACUCAGUUACACAAGUCGAUUUAACAAAAAUACAGUUUCAACUUGGAGCUCGGGAACAGGAGGCGCCGGAGUUUUUGCUUCGUUAUCUUACUCAACGAUGCGUCAAGCGGGUCUCAGUACGAAAACUUCUCUUCUCAUCAUGCUUUGUGUUCCCGUUGUACAAAGCUUAGUUUUUAUUUUUCUCCUGAAACAUCCGUCUUCUGAUAAAAAUUACACAAUUUCGUUGGAAAAAAUUAAAAAUCUCAACCAAAGUACUGAAGACAUCACAGAAAACGACGCAAACAAGCCUCUUAUUGGAUUUUCAGAAAAAUUACGUUACAUUCCAUCGCUUUUCAAAUACAUCAUUCCCCUGUUUUUGGUCAACAUUUUCGAAUAUGUCAUCAAUCAAGGCUUUUUUGAGCUAAUUUACUUUGAAAAUUCAUUCUUGGAUCACAAAGCGCAAUAUCGUUGGUACCAAGUAACCCAUAAUGUUGGUAUUUUCAUUGCCCGAAGCUCCGUUAAUUUGUUCCGUGUUCGAUGGUUGUGGCUUAUGGCAAUUUUUCAAGGCAUCGAUGUACUUUUAUUUUCACUCGAAGCUGUUUUCUGGCUUUCACCGAGCAUUUGGAUCGUAUUUGCUCUUACUUUUUGGGAGGGACUGCUCGGAGGUUGUGCGUAUGUCAAUACUUUUUAUCGAAUUUCAGAAGAAGUUCCAGCAGCAAAACGAAUUUUUGCCAUUAGUAUCACGGCGUUUUCAAAAACUGCGGGAAUUGCAUCAGCUGGAUGGAUUGCAAUGCCAACACAUAAUGCAAUUUGUAAAAUUCCGACACCUAAUCGAGGGUUUUAAUACUAAAAUUGAAUUAUUUUAUUAAUUUUAAAUCAAAAAACUAAUUUUUGUUUAUAUUCUUAUCAAAUUUAAGUCUUAUCAUAAAAAAUCUGAUUGUAAAGAUAAAUUAUUACAACUAUGUAGGUAAGUAAGUUAGAUAAUAAUUAUUAGAUAAACAAAAUAGGCAAAA